AGUCUUGUUUUGUAACACACAACAAAAGGGUUUUAAAAAGUGUGGUUUUCAACGAUUUUACAGUGAUUAUAUCUUUGCAUGUGGAUUAUUAUGGCGAUACCCUUUUCGUUCUUAAUCAAACUUCUUUAAUAUAAAGCUAUAAAGAAAGCUAAUUAGAAAGCUAACCAGUGAAAUCAAACUCAUAAUUCAAAGCUCAAUUUCAGUUCCAAUUGUAAUCCAGCUUUAAACAACUGCGAUAGGUUAGUAUGGAGAAAAAAGAUUUAAAGACGAACACAGAAUUGGAUGCAGAACAGAGAAACACAUUAUUGGACAGCAAAUUAACUAAAACAGAAAGAGGACAUUGGGGCAGCCAUCUGGAGUUUAUUUUUUCUUUGAUCGGAUGUUGUGUUGGCCUGGGUAAUCUCUGGCGUUUUCCGUAUAUUUGUAAUCGAAAUGGUGGGGGUGCUUUUUUGAUUCCAUAUCUCACGUUUUUGUUCCUUUGUGGCGUACCGCUCUAUUUCCUUGAAGUAUGUAUGGGACAAUUUUCAGGCCAAGGCGUCAUCGAGUGUUGGGGAAUUUGUCCCCUAUUGAAAGGUGUUGGCUAUGGUAUGACGGUAGCAUGUACACUAAGUUGCACUUCAUAUAUUAUGAUAAUCAACUGGACCCUGUAUUAUACAUUUAAAUCAUUUUCAUCAACAUUGCCCUGGACAUUAUGUGGUGAGUGGUGGAAUACUGAAUAUUGUACAAGCCUUUCCUCGACUAAUAGUAACAAUACAUCAGUCAUGUUCAACCUGACAAUGGUGAACACCACAUAUAUUAACAAUGAAGCAGAGAAUAGUGAACACCAGAUUUGGUCAAAUCUUUCAAUGGCCCAUACAGCAGGAGAGGAGUUUUGGCAGUACAAUGCGCUUAGAAUUUCUCCCGGAAUUGAGCACAUUGGGAAAAUGGAAUGGCAUUUGGUUGUUUGUUUACUUGUAGCCUGGAUCAUCGUGUGCUUGUGUCUUAUUAAAGGUGUACAUUCCGUUGGCAAGGUUGUUUAUGUAACUGCCACAUUACCAUAUAUUUUACUGGUUGUCCUAUUUAUUCGUGGAGUAACUUUACCUGGUGCUGUAGAUGGUAUUAUAUUUUAUCUUAAACCAGAUUUUUAUAAGUUGAAAGAGCCCUCAGUAUGGAUCGAGGCAGCUCUACAAAUAUUUUAUUCUCUGGGACCAGGAUGGGGAGCUCUUAUCACUCUGUCUAGCUACAAUAAAUUCAAGAGCAAUGCUUACAGAGACUCCAUUAUGGUAUGUCUUAUUUGUUCAGGAACGAGUAUAUUUGGUGGGUUAGUCAUAUUUUCUAUAUUGGGAUUUAUGGCGAAGAAUUUUGGGAUCAGUGUUUCAGAAGUUGUUUCUUCUGGACCUGGACUUGUAUAUGUCGUUUAUCCCCAAGCCUUGUCAAUGUUGCCUGUGCCCCAACUUUGGUGUUUUUUGUUUUUUCUGAUGCUUUUAUCUGUGGGUCUCGAUAGUGAGUUUUGUUUUCUAGAAUUAGUAAUAUCCGUAAUCAUUGAUUCGUUCCCUGCACAGUUGUCUGCAAGACGUCCAUUAUGCACUGUAAUCUUGUGUUCUAUUCUGUUUUUGGUCGGACUUCCGUUUUGUACACAGGCUGGGAUGUACAUAUUCCAAAUAUUCGAUUGGUAUGUUGGAGCAUAUAGUAUGUUCUGUUUCGGUAUUAUAGAAUGUGUUGUAUUUGGUUGGAUUUAUGGUACUGAUAAGUUUGGUGAAGAUAUUGAGAUGAUGAUUGGACGCAAACCACCAGUAAUCUUUAAGAUACUCUGGAAAUUUAUUACACCUGGCAUAUUAGUUGCCGUUUUAAUUUCUUCAUGUGUAGCAUUUAAAACACCAACGUAUGGAAAAUAUCAAUAUCCAUCAUAUGCUUCGGCCAUUGGUUGGUGUUUCACUAUAGUUUGUUUUCUGCCAGUGCCUAUUUUCAUGAUCAAGGCCAUCUAUAAUGGAAAAGGUUCCAUAAAAGAGAGGUUGAGGCAAAGUAUUAAACCUACGCUAAAAUGGAGACCCCAACAACUUCCCGAAAAAUUCCCUUGUCGAUACCAUGAAGAGUCACGUGUUUGAAAGAUAACCCACCUUCGUAUUGUUUGGUUUGUGUUUCUAAGAAAGACAUUAUAGGAAAAUUGAUUAAUACCUUACAAUUGCUAUUAAAUCCAUUUAAAUUCAUUUGUUCACACAUACUCUGAAAAAAUUUGUGAUAAUGUUUACGCUUUAUAUUAAGAAAAAUUCGGCAAUCAGCUAUACAGUAUAAACGAAUAAUAAACUGGGAAGGAACUGAACAUUAUUUAGGAGUUAAAUAUUCAGAUAACUAUAGACUUUAGCAGUUGAUAUGGAAUCGUUAAAGAUUAUUAGUCAUAAUUUACAUUUUCAAUUUAUAUGGAAGGAUGUCCAAUUUUUUUGUGAUAUAGAUUCAAUGUCGAACUUGCUUGAUAUUAAAUCCAAAACUAUUCAUAUCACAUUUUGUAACUUAACAUCGCCGUUAGAUUACUAAGAAUUUAUCUUUCCGUUAAUUAUCCAUUUUAACAUAUUAUAAUGAUGAUAAAGUUGUGAAUUGUUUGUAUUUCAUUCUUUCAAUAUUUCAUUUGUUGAUUCAUUCAAUUAAACAUUUCUAUUAUU